AUGAGCAGUGAUUCUACCUUCGAGAGAACGGUCAAUGGUGGGCAAUCUAGUGAUGAAGGUAGUCGCACACAAAUUGCCGAUAGCGCAGCCUUACGAGAAGCCAAUGAGCUCUUAGAAACUUUAGAACAUACUCAUCGAAAUGACCUGGCACUGCAUCUAUAUUCGACGCAUCUGCUAAAAUCAGUACUGAAAGCCGCAAAUCGUAAAAACUUCGCAUUAGAAACAAAUACUUUCAUCAAGACUCAGAUUAAAGAUAACUGGACAAGCUGGCCUAACCCAUCUACAGUAAUAGACCCACAAAUUGAUACAAUCUUUGAGGACGGUACUGAUCUUAUUUCCACAGGUUCCAGCAGCCUGGAACCCGGUGAAAUUUCUCCUGCUGGACUCGAGCAUGCUUCAAUAAUGGUAAAGGCUGAAUUGAACGCUGUAUGGCACAACAUUCUAGCGGCGAAAGCGUCAAGGUGUGGUUUAACGCUUGAUAUUGACAAAAUGGACAUUCCAACAGAUAUUUCCACUGCAAUCAUGAACAAAAUGGACCACUUCUUCAAGGGUUUACAUACUACUGUGGCAUCCACAAAUAAAAUAAAAUUAUCACAGACGAGCGGUUCUAGUCGGCUCACAAUAUCAGAAUCACGGCUCGGCAGUACACCGGUUAGAAUGAACAGAAAAAUCAAGCUGGAUCAUAGAGACAUCCUGACUCGCGGGUGUAAAAUGGGUGACGACAUGUACGAAAUAUACAUGAAGACUCUUGAACUAUACAGCGACAUACCGAUGAAAUACCGGAAAAGGGAGUUUAAGCUUUCAAAAAAAGAAUUGACCAAGUAUACAGCAAAGACGAGAAGGGAACAUAAGAAGCCAAUAUCAUAUUCCAUGCAAGAUAAUGGUUAUAUCAGUGCAGAAAAGCUAUUGAAGCAGAAUACCUUAUCGUUUGAGGACAGGAUUAAAUUAAGAAGUAUUCUCCACAAGGAUCGGGAUCGUUUGAUAGACAAGAAAACCUUCUUGUGGAUAAAGGGCUGUAGUCAAGAAAGCAAUGAAGAUACUCUAGAAAAAGAUGCAUAUGCAACAGACGACUGGAUCGUCCCGUUGCGGCGCACUCACUCAAAGAGCAAUCGAAAAGAUUUCCUCAAACACAAGAUCUAG